AUGACCAACACCACGACCACCGCCGCCGAAACACCCACAGCACCCUCAACCACCACCACAACCACCCCCCAAACCGACCCCCUAACAGCAACCCAAGCCCGCUACGCCCAAGAACGCAACAAACGCACCACCCGCACCGGCUUCUCCCAAUACAUCCCCUCCCUCCACACCACCGACCCCUGGGCCCCCUCUCCACCUCCCACCCAAACCACCACCCAACCACCCCCCCUCUCCCCCAAAACCCACACACCCAUCCUCAUAAUCGGCGCCGGCCUCGCCGGCAUCCUCACCGCAAUCCACCUCCUCAAAUCCGCCCUCCCCGCAACCUCCUUCCUCAUCCUCGACGCCGCGGGCAGCUUCGGCGGAACCUGGUACUGGAACCGGUACCCGGGGCUCCGCUGCGACACCGAAGCGUCCAUCUACCUCCCCCUGCUGGAGGAGACGGGGUAUGUGCCGCGCGAGCGGUACGUGGGCGGGGAGGAGGUGAGGGGGUAUGUGGAGCUGCUUGUGGCGCGGUAUGGGCUGCGGAGCAGGGCGGUGUUUGGGGUGUGUGUGCGGGGGAUGAGGUGGAGGGAGGAGGAGGGGGUGUGGGGUGUUGAUGUAGAGCGGGUGCGGAGCGACGGGGAUGAGGAUGAGGAGAGUAGCUCCGCGAAGAAGUUCAGUAUAACUGCUACCAUCGCCCUCGUCGCGCCAGGGAUCCUGCACGCGCCCAAACUGCCCCUUAUACCCAACCUCUCAUCCUUCACAAACCCCUCCUUCCACACCUCCCGCUGGGCCUACGACAUCACAGGCGGCUCACCCACCAACCCAAGCCUCACCUCCCUCGCAUCCAAACGCGUAACGAUAAUCGGCACGGGCGCCACGGCAAUCCAAUGCAUCCCCUUCCUCGCCCGCUACGCCGCCCAGCUUACCGUCCUCCAGCGCACGCCCUCUGCCAUCGACGUCCGCGAUAACCACGCCCUUUCCCCAUCCACAUUCACCCGCGACGUAGCGACAAGUCCAGGCUGGCAGCGCGCCCGACAGGCCAACUUCGCGGCGUUCAUGAACAAAAUCCACCCCCCACCGGAAGUCAAUCUCGUCAACGACGGCUGGACGCGCUUCCCGUCCUAUGCGGCGCUGCUCGGCACGCCGAGCUCGAAAUUCGACGGCGUGAAUAUGGAGACGCUGCAGGCGCAUAUCGCGGAGAUGCACGAGCUCGACUUUGUGCGUUCGGAGCGGAUACGCGCGCGUGUGGAUAGUGUGGUGCGGGAUCCGGGCACGGCGGAGGUGCUCAAGGCGUGGUAUCCCGGGUGGUGCAAGCGGCCGUGUUUUCACGACGAGUACCUCGAUGUGUUUAAUCGGGAUAACGUCGAGAUCAUAGACGUGACGCGGACGCCGAUAGUGCGGGCAGAGGCGGACGGGCUUGUCCUUGCUGCUCCUCCGUCUAGCCCCGCAGAAGAAGGCGCACAGCAAGGCGAGAGGAGCAUAAAAACAGACAUCCUAAUCCACAGCACCGGCUUCAACGCAACAGGCAUGGGCACGCCCUCGACCCGGCUCGGCGCACCGAUAAUCGGCCGACACGGCAUCUCGCUCGACGAGGCAUGGAAGCUCGCGCCAAAUACCCUCCACGGCGUCGUGGCAGGCGGCUUUCCGAACCUCUUCUUCCCGGGGCCCUUGCAAGCGGCCGCGGGCCCGAACUUUACGUUUGUGAUUGAGUGUUUGGUUGAGCAUGCUGUUGGCAUGGCUGUUGGGGCUGCGAAGAAGAAGGGGAAGAGGGCGGCUGGGGAGAAGGGUGAGGGUGAGGCUGAGGCUGAGAAAGGGACCAAGGGCCCGGAACCGGAACCGGAGCCGGAACUCGAAAUCGACGGCCUGACCAUCGAACCAACGCCCGAAGCGACGGCGGCAUGGGCGGACCGGAUCGCGCGCGACGCGGCGCAUUUUGCGUGUAUAGCUGGGUGUACGCCCGGGUAUAUGAACUCGGAGGGGGCGUUUGACAAGGAGAUGAGUGCGGAGGAGCGGGCGGAGCGGGCCAAGGGCGGCAUGUGGGCGGGCGGGCUGAUGAGUUUUGUCGAGUUUCUCGAGGGCUGGAGGGCGGAGGGGUCGUUGGAGGGCUUGGAGGUGCGGCGGGCUGGUGAGGUGGUGAGGGAUGGAUGA